AUGAGGAGGACUGGGCAAAGGCCUUCAGAGCAAAAUUCGACGCGGUAUGCAUGUGCUUCUGGGACCGCAUCGAAGCUAGGUGCUCACAUCCCGUUCCGGUACCUGCUACACCGGCAAGGAGCCACUGCACACUCCCCAACACGCAGUCGGGUCGCUCAAGCAAAGCGCUGCCACCACGAGAGCGGGCACAAGCCAAGGAGACUCAGCAGAAGAAGUGAAGACCGGGCAUUACCCGCCCGAAGCAACCACACAGAGGCCGAGCAAAAGCGCCAAAGACACCUGCGGGAGGCCUCAGCAGACCUCCCACCACCAUGUGGGGUCCCGAUGGCCCACAACCAAAAAAGCACCGCCACCGGACAAAGCGCCCGCCGACAUCACCUGCCCACCAUGCAGCCAGCAUCGCUGAAACAGACCCAAAGGGCAGAGACACCCAGCCACCAGACACACACCCAGCCAGCAACAAUCUUUUACCACAGCCAGGACCGAAGACGUCACAGCGGACCAGCCCCUCAAUAG